AUGUCUCUUCGCCGUUUUUAUCGCAUAAUACCCAGACAAAGAAGCCACACAGUUGGUCGCCGCUUUCUCUCCGAUAAGCAGAAUGGCGGUUUCAAAUUUGCUAAUAACCUCGACUCGAUCGAUCCGUCCAUCCACACAAUGGAGAAGAUUCUAUCGAUUCUUCAUACUGCAGAAUCCACCACUGUGCAAAAUGCUGCUCCUGAAAAGACGGUAGCAGAUACGCUAACGCCUGAAGAAUUUCAUCAAAGAUUCUAUUCCAGCUUGGGCUCCAACGUGGUGGAGUAUCAGGUUACAAGGAUGCUCAGCCGUUUGGAGAUUGUCAACUACUAUAAGGUUUUCCAAGAAGUCGAUCCGGAAACUACCCAAAACAUUUUUUCCCGGUAUGCUUCCAUCUUCAAAGAUCGCUACAUGUGGCAGAUUGACCCGAGCGAAAAUGCCAUGACAGAGUUGGGGCUCCAGUUUGCCGAAAAUCCGCUGCGUACAUUAUCAGCCUUGGACUCCAAAUUCCACCACAUGAGUAAAUCGUUGCUCACAAACUUUUCCGAGCUAAGAAAGAAUGAUCGCUUCGAGUUUGACUUUGGCCCCGUCGAGCUUUAUCAGCCUUUCCGCUCAUCAACGGAGGACCCUCUAAUAUUGCGUAAGGGCUUAAGCAUGAAAAGGCACCCUCUAAAUCUUUUGGCGGUGAUGAUCAACGAUAAGAAAGUGCUAUGUGAGUUUCUUUCGCGGUCCCGAAGCGAGAUCCUGCCCGACCUUCUCCUAAAUUUCAUGACCAUCCAAGGUAUUGAAGGCGCCCAGGCGUUUAAGAUCUUGGUCAAGCGCAUUCUCAAAGACAUGGACCCCGAACAAACUAUCCGCAGUCCUUUUGAGAGCUACCAUGUGGCUAAUGUAUCCACAGAAAGUGAUAGCGACAUCGAAAUAGUGAAGGCAAUUGUGGCUAGCCGAAGUAAACUUAUGGAGAGACUAUUGCCUUAUCGCGACUACAAAUUCGGGCUUCUGAAGCUUGACGACGACAAACAGGAUAGUAAUGAAAAGGUUGUCAAGAUACUAGCAAGCCUAUUCGACAGAUACUUUGGUGUUUGCUAUCGUUUGGAUGCAAAAUACUGCAACGAGUGGGUGCAGAACCUUGUCAACUUCUACUUGGAAAAUGAUAGAAAUGAGGCAUUGUUCGAACAGUUGUUCAAAGAUAGCAUCAUCAACUUCCAAACGAACAUUGCGUCUCUGAAGCUAGAGAAGAUGACAUUCCAUUGGGGUAAAAGAAGUACUGCUACAAACAACCGUGGUAACGAGUUGAAAACGAAAGAAUUAAUUAAUGAAACUAGAGCUUUAUUGGCUCGUUCCAAACAACCCCAUGCAGAGGUUUCGUCGUUAUAG